UGUCUCUUUUACAAGCUCUCAAAAAUCCUUCUCUUCUUUGCCUUCUAUUUCCCCUCCACCAACUACCAAAAGCAAAAGCACAAUAGCAAAAUGAGAAGUUUUCCCAUUCCCACCAACACCAAAACCACCACAUUAGCACCAACAACCUCCACAGUACAAACACUGACAACAACGUCAACAAGAACAACAUCAACAUCAACCUCAACUUCAUCACCUCUUGCCUCUCCAUGGCACUCUCCUGUUCCUUACCUUUUUGGAGGCUUGGCCAUCAUCAUGGCUCUCAUAUCCAUGGCACUCUUCAUACUUGCUUGCUCCUAUUGGAGACUCACAAGGAGUACCCAACAAAGGGAUUUGGAGAAUAUGAACACCAACAAAGAGGGUGAUGAUGACCCUCAAGAAAAGGAACAGCCUUUGGUCUAUGAGGAGAAGAUCUUGGUCAUUAUGGCUGGAGAUCACAAACCAACCUUCUUGGCCACCCCAUCUUCCAAUACCAAUUUCCACAAACACCUCGCAAAUUCAGAAAAUUUGGAAAUUUCCGACAACAAACGUGUUGUUCUUGAUGAUGAUGUUUCAGACGGAAAUGGAAGUUCUCGUGAACAUAAUCAACAACCUAGUCAGUGAAAACUAUGAGUUUAGAUCCUCUCUGUGCUCUCCACCACGAUUUUGUCUGCUUUGAUGAGUGAAUGGGGUUUAAGGUUCUGUGGAAGUGGUGUAGCUUAAAGACUGAAUAGUUAUGAAAUGUCGUUCCAUUUUUGUUUA